GGCGCGAGCGUCAGGAUCGAUGCUGUCCCGCCGAUCAAGCAGUGAUGGGGACCGAAUCCCGACAAUGGAUGGGAGGUCGCCGAAAGGCAAAUCCUUGAACAAAGUCAGUGUCGAAUGUCGACAGUACAAAUGAAAUCAAUCGAUUGGCUCCCAACGAGGCUGCCGGCUGGUAAGGUGCUCAUUCGUCGUUGUCCUCGUUGUCGUUGUGGUAAGAGUGACUACCUAGGUACCUACUAAGUUCGUUGACUCUGCAUACCUACCUAGAUACUCCGUGCGAGUAAGAAGGCAUCAUAGGCGAAGAAGGCCUCACUCAUCAUGGCGAUAGCCGCACAGACCUCGAGUGAGAUGCAAAAGUCGCCAUCAGAAUUACCGCAGCCUCACAUUGAUCUUCAGAAAGGAUGGCCAACGCCACGCCUUCUCCCCAGCCAGCCGCUCCGGGCUGCCGCUGAGGCGACACUGUCCAACCCAAAACGUGCCACCGAAGCCAUGCUCUAUGGGCCCAAUAUAGGCGACCCUGCGCUGCGCAGAGGAUGCGCCGAGUGGCUUUCUCGCCUCUACCGCCUACAACAACCCGUCAGCUCCGAGCGCAUUUGCAUCACGGCAGGAGCAUCGGGGAACCUGGCCUGUAUCAUGGCCGCCUUCACAGACCCCGUCUACACUCGCCGCGUCUGGAUGGUCGAGCCGACAUAUUUCCUGGCAUGCACUGUUUUUGACGAUGCGGGAUUCCUGGGUCGUCUCGUGGGUUGUCCUGAGGACGAGGAUGGCUUGGACGUGGAACUUCUGCGAAAGCGAAUUGAGGCCGUAGAUCGUGAAGAGGAAGAAAAGGCCUCCAGUCAGGCUUCGCUAUACAAGCGUUUGCCUCAGUACCCUCGGGUAUAUCGACAUGUCAUCUAUCUCGUUCCUACUUUCAGCAAUCCCAGCGCAAAGACAUAUACCCGGGAGCGAAGAGAGGCUUUGGUACGACUUGCGAGGGACGUCAACGCCCUCAUCGUCACCGACGACUGUUACGACUUCUUGUCGUGGACAGUCGACCCAUCUUCUACCGCAGACUCAACUCAACCUGUCUCGAAUGGAGCCACUGAUCUGUCGGCUCCAACUCCUCCGCCCAGACUGGUGGACGUCGACCGUACACUGCCCGGUGGCGACGAGGAGUGGGGGAACGCCGUCAGCAACGGAUCAUUCUCCAAGGUCAUGGGACCCGGUUUGAGAUGUGGAUGGGCAGAAGCGACCCCGACGUUCAUUGCCCGACUCAAUAAAGUGGGAGCCACGUUGUCGGGAGGCGCACCAGGCCAAUUCUCUUCCACGCUGAUUGAACACGUGCUUCGGACGGGUGCCCUCGAGUCUCACAUUCAAGAAGUUCUUAUUCCCACCUACCGUACUCGCGCGGCUCGUCUUCGGCAAGUGAUAGAGGAGUAUUUGGGUCCUCUGGGUGUGCAGAUUGAUACCGGUCGACCUUAUCACGUCACGAGAAGCAGUGGGGGCAAGGACAAUGGCAACAACGGUCAUCUCGAGGAGCAAGAAAUCAUGGGCGGUUUCUUCCUCUACAUCAUGUUUCCGCUAGGCAUCCUGGCUGAUGAGGUUGCUGCGGUAGCGCUGAAGGAAUACAAUCUGCGAUUCCUGGCCGCUGGGGCAAUGGCCGUCAGAGGAAGCAAGUCGACAGGCGGUCAGUUGAGCAGGGGUGCGAGGCUCUGUUGGGCCUGGGAGGAAGAGGAACGACAGGUGGAAGGUGUCCGGAGAAUUGCACAGGUGCUCAAGGAGCGAUUCAUGGACCACAAGAACGGGACAUGGGAGCAGGCAUAGAUGCUAAAGGCCCAUGAGCUUGUCCGAUCCCAGACUCAUUAGCAGAUGUCUUAGCGAUGA